AUGAGUCUCAGCCGAUCCUAUAUCUCUUUCCUUGGCCUCAUGGCCAUGGGAACAGUUGCCACGGCUUUGCAAGUCAACAUAUACUCGGACCACAACUGCCAAAACUUCAUUGGAUCUUUUUUCCCUGGAGAUUGCGAUCCUUUACCCCAGCCCAAUGGAGGCAUCGGCAGCUGGCUUGUUGUUUGCCAAAACAACUUCGAUGAUAACUGCGAGAACAUUACCUGGUUCAGCAGCAACGGAGGUGAUUGCGCUGAGGAGCACGCUGUCAGCGCCCUCGGCUGCGGCUGCAACUCUGAUCCUACGACUAACGAUAACCUCCGAUGCCAGAGCACGGUUGGUCUGGGAGCUCAUUUCUGGGGUGAGCGUGAUAUCGAGAGCCAAAACUAA